AUGUCCUCCGCCGCUGAAUCAGAACCCGAGGGCAACCAAGGAACCACGAAGAAUGCUCGAGACAUCGAGCUCGGAACAGUUCAAAAAUGUUUCAGGAAACAUCAGUCAGACGAGCGAGCCGUCGACCGUGAGCGGAUCGCAAAUAUUCUGAGAGAACUCAACCUCUUCAGAGAUGACUACAUGAAGAAGUUCGAGCGAGCCCUUAAAGAUAAUUCCAACCAGCUGGAUCUCUAUCAGUUCACUCAGAUACUCGACAGACUCUGCGGGGUUAGUCGAGUCGAGGCGACAACGUCGACUCUGCGAGCUGCAUUCGAUGCAAUCGACACAGGACGCGACGGAUUCAUCUCGCGGAGGGACCUCAAGGCUGCGGCCGAGCUCCUCGACCUGAAUGAAGGGGAAAUAAAGAAAAUGAUGCGGUCGGCAGACACCGAUAAAGAUGGGAAAGUUGACUUCGGUGAAUUCCAGGCCAUGUUCGGCCACAACCGAUAA